AUGCCCAGGAGGACGUUCAUUACGGCAGAAGAGAAGGCACUUCCCGGUCACAAGCCCAUGAAAGACCGUCUAACCCUACUGUUUUGUGCCAAUGCAAGCGGGGAUUGCAAGGUUAAGCCUCUCCUCGUGUAUCACUCGGAAAAUCCACGCGCCUUUAAGAAAAACAACGUGCAGAAGAAGCUGUUGCACGUUAUGUGGCGGUCUAAUACCAAGGCUUGGGUGACGAGGAUCUUGUUCGUCGAGUGGAUGAACGAGGGUUUUGGUCCCGAGGUGAAGAAGUGUCUCCGGGAGAAGGACCUCCCAUUCAAAGCCUUACUUGUGAUGGACAAUGCUCCUGCCCAUCCUCCAUCCGUUGAAGAGGACUUACUGGACGAAUUCAAGUUCAUUAAAGUCAAGUUCUUGCCCGCCAACACCACUCCAAUACUCCAGCCCAUGGAUCAGCAAGUUAUCGCCAAUUUCAAGAAAUUGUAUACGAAGGCUAUGUUCCAGCGCUGCUUUGAGAUGACGGAAGGCACCAACCUUACCCUCAGAGAGUUUUGGAAGGAUCACUACUCUGUUUACAACUGCCUCAAUCUGAUUGACAAAGCCUGGCAGGGAAUCACCAGGAGAACCCUCAAUUCUGCAUGGAAGAAACUGUGGCCCAACUGCGUUGCUGAACGAGAUUUUGAGGGGUUCGAAACCGUCGAGAAGGGGGCAGUUGAAGACGAGAUUGUAUCCUUGGGCAUGUCCUUGGGGCUGGAGGUUGACACGGACGACAUCGAUGACCUCCUGACUGAGCAUGGGCAGCAGCUGACGACCGACGAGCUGUUGGAGCUACACAAGGAGCAACAGAGACAGUCUACACUGUCUGUAGUAUCUAAAGUUCUCAACAAGUUAGAUAUUAUUCUAGCUUCAGAGCUUUCUGAAGCUUCAUAUAAGAAUGCUUUCAAACUAACAGUGGUCAUUGUGAUUAUAGCAGUAUAUGGUUGGAUAGCUCUUCGUGUUGGUUAUCCUAACCUUGGAAUUGUACCUGUGACUCGUAGCAUGCUGUGA